CAAAACUGGUGUGCCAGCUUUGAUAGUGCAGGUCGUAAACAUUGAGGUUAGCUCCCAUCAUCUGAUUUAACCACAUGAAACGUUUGAGAAAUGAAGCUAAAAAUGUCUCAAAUCUUUUGUCCCCUAGUGGAGAAAAAGCCAGUGGGAAGGGAUGUUGUGUUCUUGUUGGAUGGCUCUGAUGGUACUAGAAGUGGAUUCCCAGCUAUGCGAGACUUUGUCCAAAGAGUAGUAGAGACACUGAGCGUGGAUGACAACAAAGACCGCGUCUCAGUGGUUCAGUACAGCAGAGAUCCAGCUGUCCAGUUCUAUCUGAACACGUACACCACAAAGGGAGAGAUCCUCGACACUGUCAGAGGUUUGAGGCACAAAGGCGGAAGACCGCUCAAUACUGGAGCAGCUCUCCAGUACUUGAGGGACAAUGUCUUCACGGCCUCUGCAGGAAGCAGGCGCUUGGAAGGAGUUCCACAGGUCCUGAUAUUGCUAUGUGGUGGAAAGUCUUUUGACAGUGUUGAUGCACCAGCCUCUGCCCUCAAACAGCUGGGUGUGUUGAUCUUUGCAAUUGGAACCAGGAGCUCGGAUAGUAGAGAGCUGCAGAAUAUAUCCCACGAUCCCAGUACCGCUCUAUCUGUGUCUGAAUUCACUGAC